UCCCGCGGCGGCAGCGGGCGGGCGGGCGGCGGCGGAGCGAGCGCUCCCGGGCAGCACCGGGAGGACACGGUGGUUGUGCACGGCACGGAGGGCUCUCGAUGGCUCUUGUCAAAUCCCUUCUCGCGGUUGCGCCUUUGGAGCCAUGGUAAACUCGGGCCUCCCCGGAGCCGCCGCCGCCGCCGCCGCUACCGGCUCUCGAGAGUGAGGCACCGGCCCGGCGGGCGAGGAGGCGGCGGCUGCAGCGCUGGGCCGGCCGCCACCAUGUCGGACACACGGCGGCGAGUGAAGGUCUACACCCUGAACGAAGACCGGCAGUGGGACGACCGGGGCACCGGGCACGUCUCCUCCUCGUACGUGGAGGAGCUCAAGGGGAUGUCGCUGCUGGUCCGCGCCGAGUCGGACGGAUCUCUACUCUUGGAGUCAAAGAUAAAUCCAAACACUGCAUAUCAGAAACAGCAGGAUACAUUAAUUGUUUGGUCUGAAGCUGAAAAUUAUGAUUUGGCACUAAGUUUUCAAGAAAAAGCUGGCUGUGAUGAGAUCUGGGAAAAAAUUUGCCAGGUUCAAGGUAAGGACCCAUCAGUAGAAGUCACACAGGACCUCAUUGAUGAAUCGGAAGAAGAGCGAUUUGAAGACAUGCCAGAAACUAGUCAUCUAAUUGACCUGCCCACAUGUGAACUCAGUAAACUUGAAGAGAUUGCUGACUUAGUUACCUCAGUUCUUUCCUCACCUAUCCGUAGGGAAAAACUGGCUCUGGCCUUGGAAAAUGAAGGCUAUAUCAAAAAACUACUGCAGCUGUUCCAAGCUUGUGAGGAUCUAGAAAACAGUGAAGGCUUACACCAUCUGUAUGAGAUUAUUAGAGGAAUCUUAUUCCUAAAUAAGGCAACUCUCUUUGAGGUAAUGUUUUCUGAUGAGUGUAUCAUGGAUGUCGUGGGAUGCCUUGAAUAUGACCCUGCUUUGGCCCAACCAAAAAGGCAUAGAGAAUUCCUGACCAAAACUGCAAAGUUUAAGGAAGUUAUACCAAUAACAGACUCAGAACUAAGGCAAAAAAUACAUCAGACUUACAGGGUGCAAUACAUUCAGGACAUCAUUUUACCUACACCAUCUGUUUUUGAAGAGAAUUUCCUUUCUACUCUUACAUCUUUUAUUUUCUUCAACAAAGUUGAAAUAGUCAGCAUGUUGCAGGAAGAUGAGAAGUUUUUGUCUGAAGUUUUUGCACAGUUAACAGAUGAGGCUACAGAUGAUGAUAAACGACGUGAAUUGGUUAAUUUCUUCAAGGAAUUUUGUGCAUUUUCUCAGACACUACAACCUCAGAACAGGGAUGCUUUUUUCAAAACCUUGGCAAAAUUGGGAAUUCUUCCAGCUCUUGAAAUUGUAAUGGGCAUGGAUGACUUGCAGGUCAGAUCAGCUGCUACAGAUAUAUUUUCUUAUCUGGUUGAGUUUAGUCCGUCAAUGGUCCGAGAAUUUGUGAUGCAAGAAGCCCAGCAAAGUGAUGAUGAUAUACUUCUUAUUAAUGUGGUGAUUGAACAAAUGAUCUGUGAUACUGACCCUGAGCUAGGAGGUGCAGUUCAGUUAAUGGGACUUCUUCGUACUCUAAUUGAUCCAGAGAACAUGCUGGCUACAACUAAUAAAACUGAGAAGAGUGAGUUUUUAAAUUUCUUCUACAACCAUUGCAUGCAUGUCCUCACAGCUCCACUUUUGACCAACACAUCAGAGGACAAAUGUGAGAAGGAUAAUAUACUUGGAUCUAACAAAACCAAUACAAUUUGCCCUGAUAAUUAUCAAACAGCACAGCUACUUGCCUUAAUUUUAGAGUUGCUCACAUUUUGUGUGGAACAUCACACAUACCACAUAAAAAACUACAUCAUGAACAAGGACUUGCUAAGAAGAGUUUUGGUGUUGAUGAAUUCAAAGCACACUUUCUUGGCCUUGUGUGCUCUUCGCUUUAUGAGGCGGAUAAUUGGCCUUAAGGAUGAAUUUUAUAAUCGUUACAUCACCAAAGGAAAUCUUUUUGAACCAGUUAUAAACGCCCUUUUGGAUAAUGGAACUCGGUACAAUCUAUUAAAUUCAGCUGUUGUUGAAUUGUUUGAAUUUAUAAGAGUGGAAGAUAUCAAGUCUCUUACUGCACAUAUAGUUGAAAACUUUUAUAAAGCACUUGAGUCGAUUGAAUAUGUUCAGACAUUCAAAGGAUUGAAGACUAAAUAUGAACAAGAAAAAGACAGACAAAAUCAGAAACUGAACAGUGUACCAUCUAUAUUGCGUAGUAACCGAUUUCGCAGAGAUGCAAAGGCCUUGGAAGAUGAUGAAGAAAUGUGGUUUAAUGAAGAUGAUGAUGAAGAAGGAAAGGCAGUUGUGAUACCAAUUGAAAAAUCUAAGACUGAAGAUGAUUUUCCAGAUAGUUAUGAAAAAUUUAUGGAGACUAAAAAAGGUACUAAGAUCCUGAAUUUUCAUAUAGUACUGACUUUCUUAGUAAAACAAUCAGACAGCCUCAGCACCACGAACGCACGCAUACCUGCCUGCCUACCUACCUGUUUGGGAAAGUCUGGCCAAGCAAAAGAAAGUGAAGACAAGGAAAACCUUCCCAAAAGGACAUCUUCUGGUGGCUUCAAAUUUACUUUCUCCCAUUCCCCCAGUGCUGCUAAUGGAACAAACAGUGCAAACAGUAAGUCUGUGGUGGCUCAGACAACAUCAGCAAGUUCAAAUGGGUCCUCUUCCAAAACUACAAACUUGACUGCAUCAGUGACAGCCACUAAGGGAAGUUUGGUUGGCUUAGUGGACUAUCCAGAUGAUGAAGAGGAGGAUGAGGAAGAAGAAUCAUCUCCCAGGAAAAGACCUCGCCUUGGCUCAUAGAUUCUUGUUGGGGGACUCCCAACACAUGGUCUUACUAGAACGCUGCAGCUGCUCACUGAGCUCAAGUCUGAAUCGGAAAGCUUUCUCAUGGAACUUAACACACAUGGAGUAGCAGAGACUCAGUUACCAGGUAGGAAAGUGUAGUUGUGUAAGAAACCAGGCUCCCCGAGAACUUGUUUCCUAGUGAUUAAAGGGUUUGCCUUUUGGACUGUCCAAAAUAAGAACAAGAAAUGAUUGUUGGAGCCUGGGUGUAAGCUUCCCAGCGAGGAAAGUCUCAGGUUUGGGGGAGGAAGGGUUGUUAAUGCAGGGUUGGUUUGGGGGUGAGACUUUAGUACCCAAUAACAUUGCUUGUAUAAUGGUGCUGGCCAUGUUGUUGUUUUAAUCAGUUGCCUCUUUUUAAAAGAAAUUUUUAUGUAAAACAAAUUGAACUGUCAUUAGAAAUGAAGUUAUGCUGUUGGGACCAUUUCUUCAAAAGUUCACAGAAGUCAGCCUUUGGUGUUUGACAAGACAUAUACCCUAGGUAACAGCACAUACCGGUUUCUCUACACCAGAGACUUCUAGUACUUAAAGAGAACAAACUGGGUUCCAAAUGAAUAGUUUUCUUAAUAGAACUUUUAAAGUCAGCACUUCAGAAGUUAACAGCAGCCAAGAAACACAAGUAGUAUUCUGGCCUGAUUGUCCUCGGUACUCAGGAGUGGCUGGCUGUAAUUCCCUGAGUAGUCACUUUGUGCUUUCUCAGUAAAGUUAGGUAUCUGAGUCUUCUUGGGGCUGCUGACACAUUCAUAGAGACCAAUAAAGAAUGGUGCUGAAUUAAGUGGCAUUUACUAUCUAGAAGCCAUUUUAUACUAGAGGUUAUAGAAAUGUCAGAGUCAUGCAGCAUAGCAUGGGAAGCUUUUCCACAGACAAGGGUGUAACAUGAAAGCUGCUUUUUUAAGAGAGUAAAAAGCACAUUCCAUGUUGUACGUAAAUGAAUUUAAAAUAAUUGAGGCAAAUAUUAAGAGAUUUUAUUUUUAGAACAGCAAGUUAAUUGUAAAUAUUUUAAUGUUAGUUUGCUCAUCUAUGAUCUGAGAUCAUUGCUGAGAUGAGAAAAAUGACCCCAAACUACAAUUCAAUGCAUUGGGAAAACAAAUUCUAAACAGUAAUUCCAGCUCCAGGCUUGCAAUCAGCUCUGUAAUGUGUUGUGGGUCCAUUUUUCCUGGAAUAGCUUAAAAACAGUUUCCUGUGUUGGAGAUUUUGGAGUUAAUUUUAAUUUUGGCUAUUGUUUGGAAAAGAUGGGCUGUCUGUGUAGAUAUGAAGUAUAGUUUUUCCAUAAAACAGAUGUUUAUUUUGUAUUAAAAAUACCACUGUACUUGUUUUACACCAUUUGUAUACAUGUGGUGAUAUUAAUGUAAAAUUCAGGAAUUAAAAUGUGACCCUGUAAUUCCAUGAUUGAGGCUUGUGUUUGUUUUGUUGUAAAUAUAAGUAAACUAUUUUCUGAGAUGUCCAAUUUAUGUUCUUUUAAAAGAUUAUAAAAUCUAUAAAGACUUGUUAUAAACCACUAGGUCAGAAAGUCUUACAUGCAAGAGUCAACCAUUAAUAUCGCUUAUAGGAGGUAAACCUUGAUCAAACAUAACAGUAUCAGAGUACCACAGCCUGAAGCCAUUCUUACCUCUGAACAAAGGUGCACACAGCAAGCCUCCACUUCAUACAAGUGAACUGGAUACUAGCAUCAUGGGUAGCAUAUGCUUAGCAUUCUUCCAAGCAAAUGCUAUCAAGCAUUCCUGACAUAUAAACUGUACUGUUCAUACUCUUUUAUUAUAUACUUUAAAGUUCAAAGUACUAUCUGUACCUUAUAAAGACUCCUUUGAUUUUCCUUUCUGAGGAACCUCACACUUUUAAGUCAUUAUUAUGGGAAAGUGUUUCAUACAGCAGAAAUGAACCUUUUCAUAAAAUACAAGGGAAACAGUUGUAUAAUGCAUAUGCUCACCUACAAGAUGAAAGGAUCCUUGGAAGGAAGGCACAACUAGGAAGAUUCUACAUUAACUGCUAUUCUAAGUGAAGACCCUCAUGCAGACCGGGGUGCUUAUAGCAUUAUCUCCACUCAGUUCAGGUCAGAGUACACAUUUGUAUGCCUUAGGUCUUAAAACAUAUCUGUAAACAUGUACCUAAUAAAAAGCUAUUUUUAAUAAAAAGUUAUGUGAACAUA